UGGUCAUUUGGAUUAGCCAAUCAGCGACCGGCUUGCGAGAGACACGAGACCUGAAACAGUGAUCACAAUAUGGCCCGUAGUUUCAUGAGGUACGAGGUUUUGUCAGAGUAGGUGUAUUCUAACGGAAACUACCUGUCAAAUUGAGAAAGAAUGGAAGAAUCAGAUUUCUACAAUUCUGGAUUAACCGAGUUUGACCCGCUUCAACCAUUCGAAAAUAAUAUUAUCAACAAGUAUUUAACUGAGCAUGCCCCGCAACAACCAUUCGAAAAUAAUGAUAGCAACUAUUUAACUGAGGUUGCCCCGCUUCAACAAUUAGACAGUAAAGAUGUCGACAAGUAUUUAACCGAGCUUGCCCAGCUUCAACAAUUAGACAGUAAAGAUGUCGACAAGCAUUUAACCGAGCUUGUCCCACUUCAACCAUUAGAAAAUAAGGAUUUCGGCAAUUGUGAAUUAACUGACAUUGCCCCUCUUGAAUUAUAUGAAAAUAAAGCUAUGGAUUGUGCUAUGUCUUCCUGGAUGUCAGAUGACUGGAUGACAGAUGACUGGAUGUCAGAUGAGAAUAUCGAACCAUUUUAUGAAAAACCAUGUGAUGGCAACGAAUCAUUUUAUGGAAAACGAUGUAGUGAUGACAACGAAUUAUUUUAUGGAAAACGAUGUAGUGAUGACAACGAAUCAUGCGGAUCGAUGGACUUCAAACGCCUACAUUUAGAUAAUGAUGAAAAUAAAUGUAAAAAUAAGAGGAAAAAACUAAAGAAACGCAGGAAAACACGCAAAGAAAAGGAGAAUAAUCCCGAAUUCGAAGGAAUCACAGAAUUGGUAAAACUUAUAUCCAAAAUGUGCAAUUCGGCCGAUUCUUCAACUCCUACCGAUGCAGCUAAGGUAUACGCCGAAAAAAUGAAUAAAAAACGAAACCGCAACAAGACGUUUAAAAUGAGGACAAAAUACCAUCAUGUUCCUACGUUGAUAUGGCACUCGGAUAGCAACGAGAACGUUGGCAAAGCGUUAGCGGAGCAGCAUCAUACGGACUUUUUAAUAAUGAAGCAUGAAUUAGAUACUUAUGGCAGAUGGAAUGAUAAGACGAUCGAGGAGAAAUAUUUAGUGAUAACGAAAUACAAAUUGGAAAAUUUACCCAUCAGAGAGAGUUUGCGUCGUCCCACUUUGUUACUUAAUGCUCGUAAGCACUUGGCUCGCAAUUGUGACUAAGAUUCACUUUAAAUUUUUAUAUUUUAAUAUAUAUUUUUUUAAAAUUUUAAAUCUGAUCUUCUGGUGAUAUAAACUGUGAUAUUUUGACUAUUUUUAUAUAAAUAUAAUUUGUUAAAUUUAUUUAUAUACGGCUACGUGCAAUAUUUAAACAGAAUGUCAGCUUUGAAACCAGAAUAACGAAUUUGUUUUUCGGAAAAAAAAUUCUUGAUAACGGUUCUAAAUAUCUGAAUUUUAUUUUUUUAUCUUUUUAUUUAUUUAUUUCUAUUCGAAAUAUGUCACCGAUUUUUCAAAAUA